ACACACCCCAGUGCUUUCUGGCAAGAGGGCAGUUCCCCUUUUCUGCAUAGUAGUGAAUCAGGUGGAUGUCAACCGAUAAACUGACUCACAGCCACACCGUGCACCACCUGCCCGUCGUGUCCACAGCAAGGAAUGCAGGGCUUUUCAGAUGUCAAAAACCAAGAACGGCUUGCUUUAAAAUAGCAAAACAAAACAGCCUGUCCUUGCCUCUUCCCUGGUCAUGCUUACCAUGGUGGCUCUAGAUAUAGAACUCUGGCAGAAAGGAGCAGAAUAACAAUUCCAUUACCUCAUUCUACCCCCAUCCUUAACAAGGGCUUCAUUAUACUUCAGGGUUUUCAAAUUCGGUCCAGAAUUCCUUCACCAAAUGCCAGCCGCGGGCAUUGCUUGGGCGGGAGAAGCAUGCCAGAGACCAAAGAGAAUCAGAAGCGGUGGGUGUGCAGCAAAGCAUGUGUGGGAGAGAGCGCUGUCACUUCUGAGAAUUACACUGAGCUUGGUUCUAAUUCAACCUCAGCUAGAGUGGAAGGAACAAGCAUCAGCAGCGACCAAGAAACUGCAGAAAGCCAGCGUGCCUCAUCGACUCCACGCCCUUCCACUCCCCCUUCCUCUCCUACCAGCCCUUCAAACGCGACCCACCCCAGCUGGCCCCAGCAGAGGAGACGUCUCAGAGCCACUUAUGAAGUAACUAAGAAUUUAAUCAAAGGAAAAUCAGACCUGUCUACAUUUACCUCAACAUAGCAGGUGCAGGUUUGUUGCAUAGGCAAACGUGUGCCAUGGUGGUUCACUGCACCUAUCAACCCAUCACCUGGGUAUUAAGCCCAGCAUCAGUCAGCUCUUUCCCCUCAGGCUCUCCCUCCCCCGUCCUCUCCCAACAGGCCCCAGUGUGUGUUGUUCCCUCCCUGUGUUCAUGUGAUCUCAUUGUUCAGCUCCCACUUAUAAGUGAGAUGUGGUGUUUGGUUUUCUGUUCCUCUGUUAGUUUGCUGAGGAUAAUGGCUUAGGAUCGGCUACUCUGAAAACUCAACUCCAUGUUGGAUCACACGAAAAACCUAAGGUUGGGCAAGAUCUACAUUAGAGAAUACAACCAUUAUUGAGCAUGAUCAAUCAUAGUAUUUUAGAGAUAGGAGAGAUUUUCAAUCUAAUCAAAGCCAGUUCCUUCAUUUUAUAGAAAAAGAAAUGGAAGCCAGUAAAGAAAGAUUAAGGGCCAAACUCAGGUAAUAUCACUAGUUAAGGGCACAAGGCUUAGAAGCCAGGCAAUCUGAUUUGCCAGGUUACAAAAUAACUUUCCCAUUUAGACGCAGUCAAAAGUGAUUUUGAAACCUGAUAGAUCUUUGGUAAUCACCGUUAAAUUACACAUAUCACAUAGCACUAACACAGGCCAGCAAUUUCAGUACUUCUGUGGUUGACGUCUGACAUCUAAAGGGACUUCCAAAGAAUCUGUGAGCUCAGCCUAUGUGUUAUCUGCGCCUUUCCUCCAUGGGAGAGAUUACAGGAUCACAGGGACAACUACGUGUCACCAAAAACUAUGACAAGUGAAAUGCAGUAAGAAUAAUUUGGACAAUGGGAAGUCCAAGAAACGCAUAUACCACCAGGUCUUAUUUAAGUAGGGCAUCCUUUGCAUACACCCAGUGGACACCAACUCAGUGAUGUGUGGCAA